AUGCGGCUGUGCGAGAGGAGCCCCGCACCGGCGCGGCGCCGCUGCGCGCUGCUGCUCGGCUCCCUGCUGCUGGUGGUCGCCGUGGCCCUGCGCAGCGUCACUCGGCCCUGCCCCGACGCCCACCUGGACACCGCCCACCCCCGCUGCCGCCGGCGUCUCUACCAGGCGCUGGAGCUCUCCCCCAGCCGGAAGAUCAACUGCUCCGGCAUCGUCCGCGGAGAGGAGAAAGCCAUCCAGGAGGCCCAGCUCAGCAACCUAGAGGUAGGGAAUAAGAAAGUUGCCCUGACACCUGGAGACUACCUGAACAUGACGAAGGACUGCAGCAACUUCAAGGAGACCCGGCGGUUCAUUGAGUUCCCGCUGAGCCAGGAGGAGGCAGAGUUCCCCAUCGCCUACUCCAUGGUCAUCCACAACAAAAUCGAGAUGUUCGAGCGGCUUCUGCGGUCCAUCUACACUCCACAGAACGUCUACUGUGUCCACAUGGACAGCAAAUCCCCGGCUGAUUUCCAGGAGGCUGUGCGGGCCAUCGCCGCCUGCUUCCCCAAUGUCUUUGUGGCUAGCCGCCUGGAAAGGGUGGUCUACGCCUCCUGGUCUCGGCUGCAGGCUGACCUGAACUGCAUGCAGGACCUGUUGCAGAGCCCCGUGCCAUGGCGCUAUGUCCUCAACACCUGCGGCACCGAUUUCCCCAUCAAGACCAAUGCCGAGAUUGUCCGUGCCCUGAAGGUGCUGCAGGGGCAGAACAGCAUGGAGUCCGAGAAGCCCUCGGCUCUCAAGCGGGAACGCUGGCGCUACCAUCACGAAGUGGGGGAGUCCAUCUCCCGGACAGCCACGGAGAAACUGCCACCACCCCACAACUCCCCCAUGUUCACAGGCAGCGCGUACAUCGUGGUCACGCGGGCCUUCGUGCAGCACAUCUUUGAGAACCCCACGGCGCAGAAGUUCCUCGAGUGGGCCAAGGACACCUACAGCCCCGACGAGCACGUCUGGGCCACCCUCAACCGCAUGCCCGGCGUGCCGGGUGCCAUGCCCCAGAAUGAGAAGUUCCAGCUCUCCGACAUGAACGCCCUGCCCCGCGUGGUCAAGUGGCAGUACCUGGAGGGGGACACCAGCAAGGGCGCGCCCUACCCGCCCUGCACCGGCCGGCACCAGCGCGCCGUCUGCAUCUACGGGGCGGGCGACGUGCCCUGGCUGCUCCGGCAGCACCACCUCUUGGCCAACAAGUUCGACCCCUUGGUGGACGAUGCCGCCAUCCAGUGUCUCGAGCAGCAGCUGCGACACACGGCCCUCUACGGCCGGGGACUCUGA